AUGGCCUUUGAAUUAAUCAAACAUAUAUUCAACUUUUUCUAUCCCAACGAGACAGAGAAUCAAAAUUAUCCAGAUCGGCCGGGUCCGCUGCUGAGUUUUGGGGACCUCAUACCCUGCUAUGACCGUUCAGGCAAUGUAAUAGCUUAUCUUCCGGCCUCCGUGCAGACCGCUCAGCCAUCACAUGACCCUGCACACUCCGUCCCAAAUCCACCACCCCUCCCUCAACACAUGAAACAUCACUCACAGGAGUUAUUUGAACUCUGCACAGACACAAAGUCUAUACCACGCCGGCGUACCCGAAGUGUUAGUCCUUCUGCAGCCCGAACAAAUCAACGCCAUGGUCUGGAUCAAUCAUCCAAUUCACUACAUCCCAAAUCUGGCGGUGGAGAUGAGUUAUGGGACCCAUGGCCGGACGGUGACUUUGAAAGGUUAUUCACAUGGGAGGAGGUAUUGAGAACUGAUAAUCUUAGUGAACAUUGGGCUUGUCAGCCAGGAGGAGGAGACAAGAGGGGGUCAGAGUCGGCACUCGCGUGGUCGCAAGGCAAAAAGACAAGAUGUGUUUGCCUGGGUGUCAUUACUUGUGAUGAACCUACCUGUGAGGUAGUCACACGUCCGCAGACCCGCCGGGCUGGUAUCAUGGGACAACUCAAUGCAUCGUGCCUUUGUGGUAGUCAGCUCAAGCACAUCGACUGCGGUGUCACAUCAGUGUUGUAUUCAUUCAAAGGAGGCGUCUACUACAUUCACAAGGGCAUUCACCACCAUCCAAAACAAACUCACAUCUUGCAUCUAUCUCGUGACGAGCGGACAAGAUUCGAACAAAUUGUCUUCGAAAAUCCUGCUGCUGGCCCUGCGGCAUUAAUUGCUGGUCGUAACAGCCUUACUGGUACCCGUGAAUCUGUUGCAACGAUCUCCACAGUGCUUCUCAACCAGGACCGUGUCAAGGCCGAGCUGCAAGCACUACGGGGCAAGUCCACUCGGAACUUCGUUGAUGACUUCGCAGAAUUCCAGAAGAACCAUCCAGGAUAUGUUUUGUAUUCUCAAUUCGAAGCAGUGACUGUCGUUGUUGUUCAAACUCAAUUCAUGGUGUCACAACUGGUGACCGACUUCAUCGAGGACGAGGCUGUGAAUGGCAUUGUUUUGGAUGCAGCACAUGGAUUUUGGUACUCAUCUAAGGAUCUUCUUAUAAUUAGUUCGACAUACUCUGCUUUGCUUGCAUGCUGAGUACCUGGACUCAUGACCUAUGCAAAUGGAGGUUCAGCCGAGCACUACCGAUUACAUUUUCUUGUCCUUUUCAACUCCAUGGCAGAUGAAUGCGAGAAGCACGGGCG